AUGAAGGCAGCUAGAUACUACGGUCCUGGCGAUAUUCGCAUUGAAGACAUCCCCGAGCCACAAGCGAAGCCGGGGCAAAUCAAAAUAAAGUUUGGUAGGAACGGCAUUUGCGGAACUGAUCUUCAUGCCUACUUGCAACCUUUGGCGACAGCCCCAACAUUCACUAAACCUGAUUAUCUGAGUGGGGAAACGCUGCCAGUCACCCUCGGUCACGAAUUCUCUGGCACUAUCGUCGAAAUUGGUGAAGGCGUCGACUCUAAGUUUGCUAUUGGACAGAAUGUCUGCGUGGAACCCAUAAUUUCGUGCAUGAGCAAGGAGAAUUGCCGGGCAUGUCGCAAUGGCUCGAGAAAUAUAUGCCCUCACCUCAGUUUCAUUGGCCUCAGUGGGUUUGGUGGAGGCCUCGCAGAAUACAUAUGUUCGGAUGCAUUGGUUGUUCACAUCCUCCCGGAAAAUAUGCCCCUUGAGAUUGGUGCCACCAUUGAACCACUUGCUGUGGCUUACCACGCUGUUAAGAGGUCAGGCUACAAGAAAGGUGAUACGGCUUUGAUAUCUGGCGCUGGUCCCAUUGGACUAUUCCUACUGAAGGUUCUCAGGUCCAUUGACCCGACGUCGACAAUCGUCGUAUCCGAACCUGCUGCCAUUCGUCGCCAGUUCGCACUUAAGCACGGGGCGACCAUCGCUCACAACCCCCUGGAGAAGGAUAUCGUCUCAGUCGUUCUUGAGGCCACGGGUGGCGAAGGCGUUGAAAAGGCCUUCGAUGCGGCGGGCAUCCAGCCGAGUAUCGACGCAUGCUUAGGAUCUUUAAGAAGCAGAGGCACUAUUGUCCUCGUUGCCUUAUGGGAGCACCCAGCUAAGAUAGAUCCCAUGACCAUACUUCUCAAGGAACUCUUUCUCACUGGCGUCGUAUGCUACGAUAGAGAGCACCCGGAGCUUCUGAAGGAAGUAGCCGCUGGGAAAUUCCCUAAUAUCGAGGACCUGAUAACUCGCAAGAUUGCGCUAGCUGAUUUGGUUGAGCAGGGCAUGGAAGUAUUGGUAAAAGAAAAGGACACGCAAGUGAAGAUUUUGGUCCAUCCCUAA